AGGAGGAUGACUCUGAAGUGGUAUCGCGUCGGGCGAAUGCUGAUAGCACGCUAAUCGCGCGGGAAGGCGUCUAUGGGGUACGUGAUGAUAUUCAAGAAGUCAUCUGCCACAUCCACAGAAGGAUAUCACACAAUUUCACAUCGUCGUCAUGGUCGCCCAGCAUAUUGACCCGGAUAUGCUCACAAAGAUGUGCCAGUUCACUAGUACAUAUUAUCGCCAACCAUAUCCCGCUCUCGAAGGGAUGCAACACACUGGCGCUAGCAAAUACGUUCUUGUUACCGGAGCUUCGGAAGAAAUCGGUCGGGCAAUCGCUUCAUCAUGGGCAAAGGCGGGAGCAGCGGGUAUCGCCAUCAGCAGUCGCGAUGCAGACGAUCUCGAGCCCGUCAUCGUCAAGCUGAAGCGACUAAAUCCCACAGUACAGGUCCUGGCUAUGGCUUGCGACACCACAAAAUCGGCCGAAGUCGCCAGACUGUUUGAUGCGAUAAGAGAGGAUUUUGGCCAACUCGACGUAGUCAUCGCAAACGUCGGUACCGCACAUCUGAGUAGGAUAGACGAGACAGACGACAACGACGAGUGGUGGGCCGAUAUGACAACGAACUUCCGCAGCACACAUCUCCCCGCCCACCAAUAUAUCCGCACGUUUGGUCCGGCACCAACCGGGACAUUCAUCUCCAUCACGUCUGGUGCGGGCACCGUGGUGACCCCCGGCCUCUCUUCUUAUGGCAUCGCGAAACAAACCGAUCGCCGGCUCAUCGAGUUCCUCACUACCGAAUACCCAGAUAUGAAGGCUUUCUCUUUAGAUCCUGGGGUCGUGAGGACGAACAAAACGAGUGAUAUGUUCAAGCCGUUUGCGUUCGAUAGUCCGGAGCUAGUCGGUAUGUUCUCGAUUUGGCUGGGCGGGGGAAGAGCGGAUCGGCUGAAGGGCAGCUAUAUACAUACUACAUGGGAUGUAGAAGAGUUGGAAACACAAGCAGACGAUAUAGUCGGACGGGGCUUAUUGAAAGAGAAGUUUCCUGGUGAGCUGCUGGUACAAGAAGGUGUGACGUGGGGGAACCAGAUGCCUGUACCAGAAAGACGUAUAUGACGUCUUGUGGUGAGGGAUCCUGUCGUGUGUAAUAGAUGAUUCAAGAAGAGGUACGCACAAUGAAUGUG